CACGCAAUUGCAUUGCACUCCGACGCGCGACGCGUUGCCGCGGUGCGUGCGUAAAAAGCGCACGCAGGAGGUGCGGGGUACGGCGGAGAGACCGCGACUGCUUGCCUCGCCUGCCCGAGUGCCUGCACCAGUGAGCAGUCAUCGCCAGCCGCUCGCUAGAGCACGCCGCCCCCACAGGGCGCACCGAGCUAUCGCGAACAACCCCCACAGUGCUACGAACUACGUGCAGUGCUAAUGCGAACUUUUGUUAACGUUCACCAACUUCAAUGCAAAAUCGGCUUCGCUGAUACUGGAUCAUUCAAUUAUUAGCAGAAUCCCAACUAAGAAAAAUGGGGAGCAGCGAAGGUCAACAAACUUUUUGUUUGAAAUGGAAUCAUCACAAAACCAAUUUGGUGGAAAUACUAGAGGCUUUGAUUAAAGUGGAAACAUAUGUCGACUGCACAUUGGUGGUUGACGAUCAAGUCACAUUCAAAGCACAUAGAGUAGUGCUAGCAGCGAAUUCUCCGUACUUUCAAUCUAUAUUAGCAGAUGUGCCUAUGGAUCAUUGCAGCAUUCUUUUUCCAGGCGUUAAGGAUUUUGAAAUGCGCGCUUUACUUGAGUACAUGUAUACGGGCGAAGUGAAUGUCACGCAGGCUCAUAUACCUCGCAUCAUGAAAGUGGCGGAACAACUCGAAGUCAAAGGUUUGUUUGAUAUGACGGAGUUAAGACGACGACCAGGAAGCAGUGAGAGAACUCCGGCCGUGUCUCCGCCGCGAGUGGUGCCCGCUGCGCCAUCUAGUGUGUCGCCGCCGGUGCCGAUAAAUCGCUGGCCACCCCCGCCAACCGCACCCGUACUCUCCGCCGCAUACGAUUCUGCUGACAUGAAUCCAUUGAAACGAAAAAAAUUAUCAAGUAUGUUAGCUACACGCGACACUCCUAUUUUACGUAACGUUCUAGCUCAAACGACUCCAGUAGAUUCGUCUCAACCCAUGUCUCUCGUAUGCCAUCCUCUUAGUCAGCACGAGUCGACUCGACUACAUUCCAAUGGAUCAGCGCAUGAAUCUGAACGACCGAUUAGCCCUCAGCGUCCUUUCGAUUACCGGCCCCGUCGAUUGUCAUCCAGGGCUUCUUCUCCUCAUUACAAUAGAUCAGAUCGUUCAGAGGAUGCACAUUCACCUUACACGGAACGUUCUUUUGAAGAAGACAAUCAGCGCACCUUCCACCCAUCUCCACCACCGACGAAUUUUCAGCAAGAUGUUAGAGCGGGAUUAGCACCUUAUGUUCCGCCACAACAGAAACCGGAAUGGAAAAGAUACAAACAAUACACGAGAUCUGAUAUUAUGUCAGCUAUUGAAUGCGUGCGAAAUGGAAUGAGCGCUCUUCAAGCUUCACGUAAAUACGGCGUGCCAUCACGUACAUUGUACGAUAAAGUGAAAAAACUUGGUAUUACAACGAGUCGUCCUAUGAGUCGCGGAGUCAAGCGCGAAUCGAACGGUGCAGCAUUUCCCUAUGGAUUAAGUGGAACGGGUGGAAACGAUGACGUAACACCUUCUACUCCUCUUAUUGACCCAUCGUUUCUACAGCAAGCACUAGAAGGAGCAACAAGGGACGGUGGUAGAGAGGCAUUACAUGCGAUGGCUUUAGCUGCUGCAGCGCACGCUGCACUUACUCCACGAAGCCCGCCUGGACCACAUUCGCCUCAUUCGCCACCUCCAGAUGAUGAUCACGUCGAAGAUCUUUCAAUAGCUCGACGACGUGAUCCAGACCCACCUUCUGGUGUUAUCGUGCCCCUGCCCCCUCGUAAUUUUGCUCUAGACUGCAAAACCGAAAGAGAUUGAACUGUGUAAAAACGUACAUGAAGUGAAAAAAAAGAGAACAUUCGUAAAGACUGAUUUAGUCGUACAAAGUUAGAAGUAAGGCACUUAAUGGUAGGCUACUGGUAGGACGCGCCGCGCGCGCAUGCCUUGCUGACCGGGCGCUCCGGCCGGGCGAUUGCAAUGGGCCCCGCGGCCACAUUAUAAUAUCUUUUCUACCUCUCCUUUACUCUAUUUAUUUCUUAACGCUAUUUAUACCCGAUAACGAAAUAAAAUUUCCGUUUGAGGGUAUGUCGGUGUCUUUUGUGAUUUAUGUUUGUUUAUUUUCUUCUAUCGUUUCUUUAUGUUUUAUAACUUUUACGUCUCUGUUAAUAGAAUACUUAGUUCUAGGUUAGCUUUAAUUAGCAUGUAGCGUUGUGUAAGUUGUAUUUAUCUAGUGUUGAAGAUCAGGAAGGCAACAUAGCCUAAAAUGUGACCUCAGGUAGGUCCGCCUGGAAGAGUUAUUGUGCAAUUUGUCCGCGACUGUGAUGUUUAUAGACUGAAAUGCCGCCAUUACCUCACGCUCGCUACUGUUUAACUCUAGUCCGUCGCAACGCACGAUGAUAUUCUUUUCAUAAACUUGUAGUCAAUACUGCAUUUAAAGUUUAAACCGAAGGAGUCGUGCGUAGCAAUACGCUCAUAUCACUUAUAUAUAGCGACGUAUUUUUAAUCAAUUUAAUUUACCAAGUAGAUAUUUUUCAUUGUUUUGCCAUACUUGUUCAUUGUUGAUAUCUAGUUUUAUACAUCUUUUUCUCCCAACAUUGAUUGAUUUGCACAAGCACGGUCGUUUUAUUAGAAUAUAAGGAGUCAAACACGUAGUAAGUAUGGAUGCUCAAUCUUUAAAAAAGCUAUGUGACCAUAUUAUUUAUAGUGGUGAUAGAAUUUUUCACGUCUUUUGUAAUUUUAGUAAAGUUAAGCUUAUUUAAAAAAUCAAUUAAAUACAUUUCGCGAGAUAAUAAUAUAAUUGUAACUAAUUAAAAUAUCUAAACAAAUUAUAAUCAAUUCUGUCUCUGGAGAAAACUUUAUUUGUUUCUAUCUAUAAAAUCUGUUGAUUUUUUUCUAACAUGUUAACUUUUAAGAUAUAAAGAACUAUGUCUAAUUAUUUUAUAAUAACUUUAUCACAUUGUUUAAGUUAAAUGAUAAUGAAACUUAUUAUUUUGUAAUUUUUUGAAGACUGAUUUGUUACUUUAGUCUAGUUUUGAAAUGCCAUAGAUCGAUACUUUGUAGUAUUUUCAUAGGUAUGUUUUUAAUUAGGUUGAUCGAGAGUUUGUGUAGAAACUACACUACUGAAUUGUCACGGUGUGCCUUGUAUGUGGGAGACGAGAGUUUUUGCGGACAUUCCAGUAGUUACACUUUGUGUUCUUUAGUAAUAUUUAUGAGCACUACACAUAGUUUUAUUAAAUGUAACCGAGAUAUUAAUGCGUGGUUUUUAAAACAGAUUUGUUUGUGUCGGGAACACAAUUAAUAAAUAUGAAUUAUUAGUCUAUAAGCCUUAUGAAAUACCUCACGAUUUGUUUAGUUAGUCAAGAUGUUAUGUGAUCAUAUCAUAAAUACUUUUGUGCCUAUAUAAUAAAGUUAUGAUUGAUGUUAUGCACCGAUUUUAUUGAGCUAAAAUGUAUAAAAUAUUGGCGUAGCUUGUUAAUGUGCGAUACUUUAUAAAUCUUAUCAGAAUUUAUAUAUAUAAUCAAUUUAAAUAUGAUUAAAAAAUGUAAUAAAAUAUUUAUAAUUAAUUAGAUGUAACUAGUGAUAGCACAUUUUGGCCCUACCUCCCCUACAGCUACGCCAAUGCUCUCAGAUUUUGUAAGUUGUGAAUAAUAUCGUAACUAAUUAUUAUUUUACGUAGUUGGCUAUGUAUGUAUCUAUAGUAGUAAAACUAAAACGAGUAUUGUUUAUCUCGUACCUUAAUACAGUAAGAACUAUAUUUACAGAUAAUAUAAUGUUAUAAAUAUAAAUUAAACGUUUAAUAUCGAA